AUUCGCUGUCCGCUGAUAGCACGACGAAGUUCAUAAAAAUUUUCACUCUUAAAUCUUAAUACGAUUUUCUCGUUCUCUUUCGCUGACUAAAAUACUGUUAGAACGUCGACGACGACACAAUGUCUUCGGAUUCAGACASAAUGCCGGGGAAGAUAUUUGGUUACCAAAAACAAGCGCAUACCGGUCGGAACUCGAUUGAAGACUUUUUAGAGAACCUUAAAGGCGUAUUCCUUGGACCAGUAAUAUGGGUUAGAGAGACCAUUGUAAAGCCCAAUCAGAAAGACUACCACUAUUAUCAUGAACAGUUACGAAGAGUGCCCACAGUUGAUCAAUGUUAUGACGAUGAUAGACUGUGCAAAUGGGAAGCCAAUCAACAAUUAAUUCGGGAUAAGUAA